AUACAAAUAAACCUGAUUAAUCUUCUUGGUGGGUUUCAUACGGGGUACCCCAUAACAUUAUUUUUUGGCCAUCGACCGACAAAGGAUCCAAACUCUGCCAUUAAUGAAGGCGACAACCUCUUUGAUUCUCCAUUGAUCUUGCAGAUACAUGUCCCUCUAUUUCACUCAAUACCCUCACUCUUUCACUCAAUAUACUACUAUUUGUGUCUGCAGGAACAGUGAAACUUUGAGCCUCUUAUAUUACAUAAAGAUCCUCUCACCCCCACUUCGCAGCACAUAUCCUUUGCCCUCUAUUGCUUUCUUUUCCACACUUCUUACUCCAUACUACACUUUGAAGUUUGAACCACUACCACUACCUUGUACAACUUCUUGCUUUCUUUCUUAUUUUCUUUCUUUCUUUCUUUUGUAGAUAGCCAUGAAUUUCCAUAACCCCAAUACUUCUCUUCACCUAAGCCAACACGAUGAUGAGAACCAUCUCAACCUAGAUCUUCUUCUUGAGCCAUCUUCUUCUUCUUCAUCUUCACCUUCACCUAUUUGUUCCAUGGAGCCACGGAUAUUCUCAUGCAACUAUUGCCAGAGAAAGUUCUAUAGCUCUCAAGCACUAGGGGGUCACCAAAAUGCCCACAAGCUUGAAAGGACACUGGCCAAGAAGAGCAGGGAACUGAGUUUGAACAUGCAAUCUUAUGGAGCAGCGGAGCAAAGAUCAAACUUUGGUGCUUCACACCAUCUUGGUCAUCGUGCUCUUGGGGUUGUGGAUAACCAAGGACAAAGUUAUGUGAGGCUUGGUGGAAGGAAAGAGUUCAGUUAUGGUUCCAAGGAAGGGGUAGGGGUGGCUUCCUGGUCAAGGGCUUCUGAACAUGUUCAGGAGGAUAUGGGCCAACUUGACUUGUCGUUAAGGCUUUGAGAUUUUCAGUAAUUGGAAAAAUCUGUGAUCUAUGGCAUCUUUGCUUCUAUGAGUGAUCAUGAAUAUAAUAUGAACCAUUAUGAGUUAAUUAAUUUCUGAUUAUAAUGUAGCAAAAAAUGCCCCAGUGAGAGGGGCUAGUGCUAGCUAGUUAGGGGUGUAUUGGGGAAUCAAUCAAUCCUGUAACAAAUUGAAGUGACACUUUUAGAAGAUCAGAACGUGCCAGUGCCAUUUUUUUUUCUGUAGAAGGUAAAGGGGAAGCUUUAUUUCAGGUUACAUAGGUUACUAUAUUUGUGACUGUGGCUAUCUUUAUGGUUUACUUUGCAAGUUUUUUGUACUGUAAGAAAGUAAGAAUGGCAGUAUAUCUAUUAUUGAAA